GGGGGGCGCAAAAGCGACAUCCAUGAGCACAGGAAAAAGCUGUAUAGCAGUCCAGAAGACAAAGAGCAGAUCAGGAGGAGAAUAAGUCAACAAAGCGAAAUGACGCAUGCACUUUCAAGAAAAUCUCAAGAACUUCGCACGGCGUACACUGCCAGCUCCUCCAGCGAAGCAACGCAGAAACGCUUUAGUACUUCAUCUGCGACAUCACAAAACGGGAGAAGAUUAGACAGGGCGAUCUUUGGCACAGCGGAACAUGAAGAGCAGAGAGGACAAGCAAAAGCAAAAAGCAGUCGCAUACGAUCUGCAUCUUCAUCCGACACUUCACAGGCCGAGAUUGGCCAGAGUAGUUCCAGAACUAAGAGACGACGGUCAACGAUAACCGAAGAUACCAGUAUCCCGGAAGAAGAUGCGGAAGGACCUAUGCGCACAGUGCGUCUAAAAGUACAUCAUAAUCGUGAGGAUAACACAUGGGAGGUGCGUGGCACAAAGGAUCUGGAUGUGCAAGUGGUGCUAGAACAGGAUUCCGAGUCCCCCUCUCCAGUGAAAAAGCGCCGACGAAGUCGCGAACAGGAAGCGACAACUCGUCGUUCCCAAGUCCAGGAUGCGAGCCAAGUGACGAAGCCGCUUCCACUCAGAUUGGUAGUACCAGAGGGAGAAACGCAAGAUGUGCCUGCUAUACGCGAC